AUGUCAGACACCCUCUCUCCCCCGGGGAGCAGUGUCUAUGCAUCUGACACGAUGUACGUCGGCGACGGAACUUGGGACAGCACACGGAAUACCUUUCUGCUGCCCAACUUGAUGGGAGUCAACUUUGAUACGAUGAGAUACAAUGGGAUGGGUAACCGCUUUCGAGAUAUGCCCGGCUAUCACUCGAUGAUACUCGCACACGGUAUCAUCGCCACGAUUGUCUUCCUCGGAUUUGUGCCGGCCGCAAUUCUGAUUGUUCGAUACUACUCCAUAUGGAACCGCUACUGGGCAUACAAAUACCACGCCUGGCUGCAGGUGCUGACGCUGCUCCUGUCGACUGUCGUGUUUAUCCUGGGCUGGUUUGCUGUCGGACCCCGGCGAAGCCUGACGAAUCCACAUCAUGGCAUUGGACUUGCUAUAUAUGUUUUGAUUAUAUUCCAGGCCCUUUGGGGUUGGUUUUCCCACAAGGUAGAAUUGGGGAAAAGACGUCACCGGUCGCCUCUAAAAUUAGUGAUUCACCGAUGGAUAGGACGGGCUACAGCCAUUCUAGGAAUUGUCCAGAUCCCUCUUGGACUGACUCUUUACGGCUCUCCAAAAUCGCUUUUCAUUCUAUUCGCAGUUGCAGGCUUCUUCUGGCUUGCUCUGUUCUUCAUCCUCUCUUAUCGCUACGACGAAGGUGGAAUUGACUAUGGCUCUGAUUACGAUAGCCGAGGCAGCUACAUGUCCGGACCGUCGUCUCCAGAAGAAAAACGCCACAGUGGACUUGGAAAAACAGCUGCUGCAGUAGUGGCAGGUGCCGGAUUAAUGAAACUUUUCAAAAGUCGUCGAUCCCAUGACCAUGCUGAAGAGGAUAUCCAAAGCUCUUAUAUGGACGAAAAGUACUCUGACGAGGGGCACAAAACCGGAUGGGGAAAGCGUCUGGUCGAAGUUGGCGCUGUUGCUGGUGCCGCGGCGUUGGCGAAAUCGUUUUGGGAUAGAAGACGGAAACGUGAGAGCGACAAUGAAGCGGGUCGCUAUCGACCGGCGCCACAUGCACACAGUGAUAGCAUGAGUGAGGACACCAUAAGUCGCGUUGAAGAAGGUCGCCCAGUUGCUGGCACGCCAGGCCCGUACCUACAUCCCGGCCGACGGCAGAGCUACAGCUCCAUGGAUUAUAGCUACUAUACGCAUCCCGAGCAAGACCAAGGGCAUGGAGCUCGUAACGCAAUCCUAGGUGCUGGAGCCUUUGCUGCAGUCAAGAACUUAUUUAAACGCCGAAAAGACGACGACGAGCAGCGUCGUAUAGAGGAUAUCAAACGUCGAGACAGAGAAGAAGAAAAAGUGGCUAGGGCGAACAGUCAGCGGAAACAAAGUGGAGAUGGAUUUGUCCCACGAAGACAGAAGCCAUCGCAAUCAGUGCUAUCUAGCGAAAUGACGUCCGACAUAACACCGCGACCAGCCCGCCCAGACAACCGUACCCAGGAGGCCAUGGUCAGUGGCGGUGUGAGGGACGAUACAUCGACUAUUCCACCCGCCCCUCCACAACAUGGACAACCCCCGGAAAGCGUUUUUGAUUCAGAUCUCGAAUCUGCCGUCACUGGAGCCGCUGCAGGAGCCGCUGCAGGGUCGGCUAGCCGCCGUCGUAGCAGUAGCAGAAGACGACACGACGGUGUUUCCUCACCACCAGUGUCUGUCAAGGUCAAAAUGCAUAAUGAUGGCAGACACGUCACUCUCCGGAGACUGACCGAAGAAGAGGCAGCAGCCAACAGACAAGCAAAGCGGCACUCAAGGGAACGACACAGUUCUCGGAGACGCGGCAGCGCCAGCUCCCUGUCCGGCAACGAAGGGGGAUCUGAUCGAUGGCGACGAGUCGAGGAGAUGGAGCGUCGUCAGGCAGAACAAACCCAACGAGAACAAGCAGCCGCCCUCGCAGCAGAAUCCGCAGCAACAGCGUCCGUGGCGCCCAUCUCACCACCACCUGCUCCAUUGGCCCCUCCGCCAAUGUCGCAUGCUGCUACGAGUCAGAUGUCGGUUCCUCCCGCUCCGUCGAAUAUGCAGUACCCUCCUACGGCGAGUUUGACAUCCCCCGGAACGUGGACGGGAACUGAAGCCAGUGCCGACUAUGCCAAUAACCGGAGGAGACGCAGGGCAGAACGGGCUCAGGCACGAGCGAGACAACAGGCACAGCACAGCGUCGAGUUCACCUGA